UGGGGGGCAGCCUCAGUGGAUUGUGGGUAAAGAGGAAGUACAGAAGAGAGUGUUCCACAUGGAACCUCCACAAGAUGGUGGGCUUGCUGAUGGAGCUGGACGCCAUGAAGGUCCACUAUGAGAAGAUGGUGUCUGAUCUCCUGCAGUGGAUCCAGAUGAUGGUGCUGCGCCUAAACAACAGAACCUUUCCAAACUCAGUGAGGGAGCUGCAGGUGCUCAUGGCAGCAUUCAAGACCUACAGGAUGCUGGAGAAACCUCCUAAGUAUCAGGAACGUGGGGCCAUCGAAGCCCACUUGUUCAGUCUGAAGACUCAACUGGCCGCCAACAACCAAAGAGCCUACACGCCCCCAGAAGGUAAAACCCUCAGUGACAUUGAGAGAGCUUGGAGUCUUUUGGAGAAAGCAGAACAUGAGCGAGAACAAGCCCUGCAGGAGGCCCUCCUACGUCUGGAGAACCUGGAGCAACUUGCCCAAAAGUUCGAGAGAAAGGCCGCUCUGAGGGAAGGCUAUCUGGAGGACACGUUGCGCCUGAUCCGCAGGCAGGACUUCAGAGGUCUGAGCACGUUGGAGGAGGCCCAGGCGGCCAGGAGGCGUCUGGAGGCGCUCGCCACCGAUGCUCAGGCCAGAGAGCCUCGUUUCUCCGCUCUACGAAACAUGGCGGACACCAUCAGGAGGGAAAAUUACCACAGCAAGGAACGCAUCAUCAGGAGGGAGGAGAACAUCAGUGGACGAUGGAAGGAGCUGCUGCAGCAGCUGCAGGAGCAGAGGGGGCUGCUGGGAAAUGUAGUGUCCACUCUCAGCAUCCUGAGAGACAUCCACAUCGUCUCCCAAGAGCUGAAAGAUCUACACACCCAGGCCACCUCCUCCGAGCUGGGUAGGCAGCUGACCGAGGUGGAGGCGCUCCUCCAGCAGCACGACCUCCUGCAAGCUCAAAUCUCCGCACACGGCGACACGAUCGGCGUCAUCAGCAGCGCUGCCCUCAAAGGAAAGUCCAGAGAUGACCAGCAGAUCCAGAGCAGAGUGAGAGCUCUGGACACGCAAUAUAAAUCUUUGAUCUCACACAGCAGCAGCAGGAGAAUCCAGCUGGAGUCUCAGCUCAGACUCUUUGAGUUCUUCCAUGACUGCGAGGAGAUGGAGGCGUGGCUUUACGAGCGCUGGCUGCAGCUGCAGGCGGCGUCGCUGGGCCGAGACCUGAACCACGUGCAGUUGGCCCAACACAAGCACAAGGCGCUGGAGGUGGAUCUCCAAGCCCAGGAGUCCGUGUAUCAAGGUCUUCUGAGUCGAGGUCCUGAUCUGACCAACAAGCAGAAUUCAUCAAACCAGCGGACCAUCCAAAAGUGGGUGAGAACCUUGAAGAAACUCUGGACUCACCUGAGUGCCGAGACCAUCGCACGCCACCAGAGACUACAAGCGGCCGCCGCCAUUAAACAGUACUUCGCAGACGUGGAAGAGGCGAACUCCUGGCUGAGUGACAAGAAGCCGCUUUUGACCAGUGAGGACCACGGAAAGGAUGAGUCCAGCUCGGCGGCGUUGCUACAGCGCCACCUACGCUUGGACAAAGAAAUGGCGUCCUACGGCGUGGAAAUGAAGCGACUGUCAGAGCACGCGAGGAACGCAGCACAGCUGACGGCGUUCACGGCAGAACCUCAGACGGGUCACAUGAUCCAAUACAGCGAUUCAUCUGAUGAUGAAGAUGGUCCAAAUGUCAUCAAAAGUGGUUCUGUUAGCGAGGGAAUCAAGGCCAAGGUCCGCUUCAGAUACAGUCGAGGUGAGUUUCCAUUGGAUCGCAAUGAGACAGUGACCAUCAUCAGAACCGACCCGGAUGACGACAGAGUCUGGGUCAGAGAUGCUCGAGGACACCAGCAGCCGGUCCCCAAGACCUACCUGACUAUGCUGCCAGUACUGGCUCCUCCCACCUCGCCAGCCCCCGCCAAAGGCAUCACAGACAACCAGAGCAGGAAUCUGAGCCGUCCAAGGCGAAGCCGCUCCAUGCGCCGCGGCACAUCUGAGAUCCAAACAACAUGGCUGCCGGACCCUCAGUACCAGAAAGACACUGUGGAGCAGACGCAGGCCCGGCUGGACCAGGACUACAAGACUCUGUGCCAUCUGGUCCAGUCCAAGUUGAAGGUUCUGGAGGAGGCGUUGCUCCUGCAUCGCUUCUACAACAGCUGCCAGGAGUUUGAGUCCUGGAUGGAGGACAAGGAGAACGUGCUCAACACCUUCCACACGCACGCUGCCCACAUGGACGUUCUGCAGGCCAAAUACGAGAACUUUGUGACGGAGCUGAUGAGUGGGCGUGGCCAGCUGGAUGAAAUCAACAAAAUGUCGCAGCAGUUGGUCAAGAGCCGACAUAGCAAACACAGAGAAGUCCAAGUCCGCCAGGCCAGCAUUUCCAGCAGGUGGGAUCGGAUCCAGCGUCGGAAGGACGAGAAGGCGCGUGAGUUGCUGAGCACAGCCGACGUGCACUCCUUCCUCCAGAGCUGCCAGGAGGCCAGGAUGCAGCUGCAGGCCCAGCUGGAGCAGCUGGACGGCGCCAACGUACAUGUGGGCGGCGGCUUGUUCAUGCUGAGGGCCGACCAGCAGAACCAGGCCGAUGUGGUCCGAGACAUCAAGACGCUGGAGGGCAAGAUUGCGUACCUGAAGGGCGUGGCCAAGAUGAAGCAGGACUGCAGUCCAGCGGAGAGCGCGGCCAUCAUGGAGGAGGUGCGAGGUCUGGAGACGCUCCUCAAGCAGUUGAAGAGUCAGGCUGCCAACCGCCAGCGCCUCCUGGAGGAGGCCUUGAGGCUGCACCGCUUCCAGCAGGAGGCCAAGGAGUUGCGGCGCUGGACCAUCGCCAUCCAGGACCGCCUCCUGCAGGAGGAGGUGGUGACUGACGUGGCCUCGGCCAUCGCCCUGCUGGAGGAGCACCAGGAGCUCCUGCUGGAGAUGGAGGAGCAGAAGAGGAGACUGAAGGAGACGGAGACGUUAGGCGAGUCUCUCCAGCGGUCGUCAGACAGAACAUCUACCGUGGUCAACAUCCGACAAGUCAUUGAGGAGCUGAAAGCUGAUUGGUCCAAGUUGGAGCACCUAUGCAUGAACAGGAAGCAGCGCUUGGACCAGCAGAUGGACUUGCAGAGACUGAACCAGGAGGGAGACCGGAUCGAGACCGCUCUGUCUGGACACGAAACCCGACUCAGGGUGAAAGACGUCGGGGAUUCCGUGGAUGCAGUGGACAGUCUGCUGGCUCGGCAGGAAGAGCUGGAGGUUCUCCUGAAGGCUCUGGACCAACGUGUGGAUCAUUUCUCCAAGCGCAGCGAGGAGCUCGUCGGCCAGCAACAUUAUGCCACUAAACACAUCCAGCAGAGGAGCAGAAACAUCCAGAAGAUCAACAAGGACUUGAAGGAGAGCAGCAGCGAGAGGCGACGUCUGCUGCUGGCCUCCAAGAAAUAUCAGGAGUUCCACAGGGAUGCAGACGAGUUGUUGUUGUGGAUGGAGGAGAAGUUCAAGGUGGCAGAAGAUGAGUCGUACCGCGAGCCCACCAACAUCCUGUACAAACUGAAGAGACAUGAGGCAGCCGAGCGUGAGAUGCAGGCCCACCAGGUGUGGCUGGAGAGAGUGGUCCAGCUGGGGCGUGAGGACCACGACAACAACGUGAGUAUCAGCAGGAAGUCCUCUCAACUCAGCAGCCGUUGGAAGCGUCUCCAGGAUAAGAUGGCCGACCGCGGCGACAAGCUGAGGCAGGCGGGGCAACAGGAGCAGCUGAUGGAGCUUCUGAAGGACGCCAAGGUGAAGAUCGAGUCUAUUCAGUGGAUGCUCAACAACGGUGCCAAAGGUCACGACCUCCGUUCCAGCCGCCAGCUACUCAAGGAGCAUCAGCAGCUCGAGCAGGACGCCAAGCAGCUGGCGGAGAAGAUCAACGCCAUUGUGGGCAGGGCCAAACAUCUGGCAUCCAACCACUUUGACUCAUACCGCAUCCUGCAGGAGACCGACGCCUACCUGAGCCUGUUCAAGUCCCUUCAGAAGCCUCUGGACCGGCGCCGGGCUCAGCUGGAGGCUUUGGUACUUCUCUUUGAGUUUUAUCAUGACGUGGAUCUGGAGCUCAACUGGAUCUCUGAACAUGUGCCCGCCGGCGGCUCUACGGGAUACGAUAAGUCUUUGGCGGGCGCCGUCAGCCUCAUGCACAAACACAAGGAGUUGCAGGCUGAGGUGAACGCCCACUCGAAGCACCUCAACCAUGUCCUAAAGAAGGGGCGGGGCCUGGCCAAGUCUAGCCAAUCACAUGCUGAGGAAGUCCUUAAAAGGUGCAGAGGCCUGAGCGAAGAGUGGGCGGAGCUUGAGGAAGCGUGCAGCAGAAGAGCAGCCCACCUGAGCAAAGCCAUCACCAGAGAGCAGCUGCUGUUGGACUGUUCUGAGCUGGAGGCCCGUCUCAUGGAGGCUUUGGACCUGGUCAGCUUGGAGGACUUUGGCAAAGACCAGCUGGCCACGCAGAGUUUCAUCAGCAAGCAGCAGGUUCUGCAGGCCCAGCUGGAGGUUCUACAGGUAGAAGUGGACCAAUUAGAAGACCAGGUUGACCAGGCGGUUCAGAACUGGAAUCUGGAGGAGUUGAGCAGACCUUUGAGUCGCCUGUGUAGUGUCAACCAGCAGCUGCAGCAUCAGGCCAAGCUCAGAGGUCAAAGGUUAAGAGAAGUUCUGCACCUGCACGAGUUCAGACGGGAGGCGUCUGAGUUGGAGGAGUGGCUGCACCAGCAGAGGCAGACGGCGGAGUCUCAGGACGUGGGCAGCGACUACCAGCACGUUCAGCUGCUCUGCAGAAGAUUCCAAGCGUUCCUCAAACAGCUUGAGGUGGCCGAGGAGCGACUGCACGCGUGCAGCGACCUCGCCACUCGACUCAUCGCCAGCAAACACCCGCAGAGCGCCGCUGUGAAGGAGGCAUUGCAGGAGCUCAGUGCAUGCUGGGAGGACCUGAGGGGCGUGGCCAAGGAGCGUCAGAGCCAGCUGCAGAAAGCGGAGGAAUGUCAUCACUUGUACCAAGACCUGAGUGACGCUUUGACGCUCAUCCAGGAACGGAAAAAGAGCAUCCCAGAUGACAUGGCGAAGGACUGGCGAGGAGCGAUGUUGCAGCUCAGGAAACACGAGGCUCUCCUCCAUGAAUUAGCCACCACUGAGCAACAGCUUCAGGAGCAGCUGGACGCUGUGGACAGCAUCCUGGACCUCUGCUCACCGCAGCUGAAGCUGCGCUUACAGGAAGUGCAACACCAAGUGGUUGAGCAGUGGGAGGAGCUACGUUUCCACACCGAACAGAGGGAGGUGGAGCUAAAGCUAGCAUGUCAGAGAUACUUGUUUCUCAACACGACGCAGGACUAUCUGCUGUGGAGCAGUCAGGUGAUCGUGUCCAUGGCCGCUGAAGAGAGCAUCAGCGACGUGGUGAUGGCGGACCUCCAGCUAUCUCAGCACCAGCAGCUGUGGGCAGAGAUGGAAGCUCGGCAGGAGGUGUACCAGCAGGCCAUGGACAUGGGGGAGGAGAUACAGCAGCAGGACAGAAGCAACAGGAAGGAGGUCCUGGAGAAGAUGGACGCCUUACAGGCCGAACGAGAGAAGCUGGAGGAGCAGUGGAACCAAAAACAAGCUUGGUUGGAGAACGUCCACUUGGAGCAGAUCUUCUACAGAGAUGUCAGCAGCAUGGACAAGACGUGCGGCUCACAGGAGGUCCUGCUGAAGAAUAGCACUCUGGGUGACACGGUGGACGAGACAGAAGGUCUGAUGAAACAUCAUGAAGCUUUUGAGAAGCUGCUCACUUCGCAGGAGGACAAGCUGGCGUCGCUGAAGGACCUGGCUGGUCGACUGAAGAAGCUCAGCAGAGAGAAAAGUGGUCGUGUCCAAAGCAGACUGAAAGCCCUCCUCCAGCGACGUGAAAGGAUCAAAGAGCUGUCCGUCCAACGGAGGGAGGAGCUUCAUCUGUCCUGGCUGCUCUGCAUCUUCAACAGAGAUGUUGCUGAGGCGGAGGCGUGGGUGAGCGAGCGCAUGCUCAAACUGUCCGACGACGGAAAAGCCGACCUCAGCAAGCUGCAGAUCAAGAUGAAGCUCCUGCAGAAGCAUCAGGUGUUCGAAGCCGAGAUCCUGGCGCACGGUGAGGUCAUCAGCGGGAUACGGCAGGCUGGCGAAAAACUGGUCUCCCUUCGCCAUCCGAGGUCCAAGGAAGUCAGGAGGAGCACCCAAGCUCUGGAGCGCCACUGGGAGGAGCUGAAGACGGCCGUGGCCACGAGAGGGAAGCUUCUGGAAGACAGCAGAAAUUUCCUGGAGUUCCUGCAAAAGGUGGAAGAGGUGGAGGCCUGGAUCCGACAGAAGGAAGUGAUGGUCAACGUGGGAGAUGUUGGGAAGGACUACGAACAUGGACUUGAGCUUUUGAAGAAACUCGGCGAGUUCCGAGGAAAAGGAGGCGGGGGUGUGACAGUAGAUGAUGCCCACAUCACUGCCAUCGACCGGCUUGCGGCCCGACUGGAGAAGAGACAGAGCGCUACGGAGCUUCACACCGUCAGACAGAGGAGACACCAACUGAACGACAGGUGGACAAAGUUCCAUGUGGACCUCAACACAUACAAGAGGAAGCUGGAGGAGGCGCUGGUGGUCCAUGCGCUCAUCAGAGAGCUGGAGGAGGUCCGAGACCGAGCCAACGAGAAGAUGAUGCCUCUGCUCGACCAGGACUGUGGUGUGGACGUGGAGAGCGUGGAGAACCUGAUCAGGCGACACGAAGAGACGGAGAGAGAGACCAAGGUCAUCGAGGAGCGAUCAAAGGUUCUGGAUAAAGAUGUCCACCAUCACUUGAAGCUUCGGUCUGUGAUGAGCAAGAAGCUGGAGGACAAACAGGAGGAGCUUCAUAAGGCUCUAUCAGCGCUGAACAAGGAGUUGAACCACAGGAAGAAGAAGCUUCAGGAGGCUCAUCAGCUUCAGCUCUUUAAGGCGAACCAGCGCCUCCUGCUGGACUGGACCCUCAAACAAAGCAGUGAGCUUUCUGAGAAAGAUCUCCCCAAGACCAGAGCAGAGGCUGACCGCCUCAUUGUGGAGCACCAGGACCAGAAGACGGAGAUCGACACUCGGACCGAGCGUGUCAAAUCUGUCCGAGACUUUGGACUCAGUCUGAUCCAGUCUGGCCACAGCUGCAAGGCAGAGAUUCAGAAGGCUCUGAACCAGUUGGGAGAUGCCAAAGAUGGACUGGACCGAGCCUGGCGGGACCACAGCACAAGGCUGGAGCAGGCGCGCUCGCUGCAGGUCUUCCUCGCCUCUGUGGAGCAAUGUGAGAGUUGGAUCGGUAACAAGGAAGCUGUUCUGGCCAAUCAGGAUUUUGGGAACUCGGUGGCCGAGGUGGAGACCCUGCAGAGGAAGCAUGUUCAGUUUGAAGAGACCCUGGAUGCCCAGCUGGACCAGGUGGACCAAGUGGAGAAACUGGCACAGAAGAUGAUCCAGCAGAAACACUUUGAUUCUGACAACAUCAGAGCAAAGUCCGACGCCCUCGUUGCUAGGCGGAGUCAGCUGCAGCAGCAGACCAGCUCUCGUCACGAAGAUCUGCGACGGUCACUGCAGCUGCAGCACUUCCUGUCUAACAGCUACCAGGUGUGCGUGUGGUUGAACGAGCGUCAGGUUGUGGCAUCGGACGAGAGCUGGAGAGAAGCCAGCAACCUUCAGGCCAAAGUGUUGAAACAUCAAAGUUUGGAAGCUGAGAUCCUGGCUAACCGCUACCGGGUGGACGCUCUCGCCAAGGAAGCUGACAAGCUGCUAUCUGAUGGUGGAACCGUCGUGGCCAAGGUGCAACCUCGUCUCAAGGAGCUGACGGAGGGCUGGGCCGCUCUGAUGAGGAGCUGUGAGGAGAAGAAGAACCGUCUGCAGGAGGCCUAUCAGGCGCUGCAGUUCCAGCGCUCCCUGGAUGACAUGGAGGAGUGGGUGGAGUCAGUAGAAAGGGGUGUGGCCAGUGAUGACUGUGGGAAUGACCUGCCUUCAGUCAACACACUUUUGAAGACUCUACAGAGUCUGGAGGACGAGGUGGACGGACUGCGAGAUAGACUUCAGAGUUUGUUGGAGAUGGUGGAGAACUUCCACUCUGAGGGGAACUUCCGAGCAGAGGAGCUCCAUAACCGAGUGUCCAACAUCAUCCACAGGUACAACAGCCUGUCGCAGCCCCUGCAGAGUCGCAGGGACACCCUAGAAGCCUGGCAGGUCCUGUUCCAGUUCACCAGAGACCAGGAGGAGGAACUGGACUGGCUCAGACAACGACUGGCCUCCAUCUCAUCCACAGACUGCGGAGGCUCUCUGAGCAGCUCCCAGCAACUCCUUCACAAGCACCAGGUGGUGAUGCAAGAGCUUUCCAGCCGCGCCCCAUUGAUCCAAGCGGUUGUGGAGGCGGGGCACAGCUUGGUCAGAGGUCGUCACUUUGCCUCACAUGACAUUCAGGAGCAACUGGACGAGCUCAAUCGUGUCCACGAGGAGGUGAAGAUGGAGACGGAAAUGAAGGAGAGGCUCCUCCAAGGGGCGCUCAGCAUCCACGCCUUCCUUGCAGAGCUGUGCGAGCUGCAGCUGUGGCUGGAAGAGCAGCAGGAGAUGCUGGAGUCUAACGACUGUGGGCGGAGCCAGGAGGCCGCAGAGGCGCUGCUCAGGAGGCUGGACCCUGUGGACGUGGAGCUGGACAACCACAGGAGGACUUUGGACCGCCUGCAGGACAGAGGAGACUCCCUGCAACAGCUUGGACAUCCCAACAGUCACAUGGUCAGCGAGUCUCUGUCGUCUGUGUCUGACCUCUUCGACACAAUUGGACGACUUUGUGUGUCCCGGCGCGGCGCUCUGGAGGACCAGGUGCGUCUCUUCGUGUUUGACAGAGAGGCCAAAGAACUCCAAACAUGGCUGACCUCCAGGAAGGCGCUGGUGGACUUAGAGGACUGUGGACAAGACCUGGAGGACGUGGAGGUUCUUCAGAAGAAGCUGGAGGUUCUGGUGUCAGAAGUCCGUGGUCUAGGUCGCAGUCGCUUGACCUCGGUGCAGCAGCUCGGUCGAGGACUACAACAGGACACUCAGGCCCGCAGGAGGACUGAGACCCUUAGUCGGCUGUGGGACGACCUUGAUGAUGCCAUCAGAACCAGAGAGCAGAACUUACAGUCAGCCAGAGACAUUCACCAGUUUCAUCACGACGUGGAUGAGCUGAAGAGCUGGAUGGCCGAGAAGGAGGCCGUGCUGGACUCGGACGAGCAGGACCAGGACCUGCACGGCGUCCACACACGCCUGCAGCAACACGAGGCACUUGAGAGAGACCUGCUGCUGAUUUCCGCCGAGGUGACCCGGACCAGAGAGGAGAGCCGGACACUGAGCACUCGUCAUCCUCAGGCCCGAGUGGCCGUGACUCGCAGGCUUGAUGACCUGCAGUCCUACUGGACCUCCAUCCAGGACAAGGCCAGCCGGCGCCACGCUAUGCUGGGUCAGGUGGAGGAGGUCCAGAAGUACUUAUCCGUCUGGACCGAGCUCAUGACGUGGCUGCGGGAGAUGUUGGUGCUGGUGAAGGGGGAGGGACAGGCUGGGGAGGGAAGUGACCUGGAGGAGUUAAUUAAAAGACACGAGGAGUACAAGGUCCAGAUGGAGAGACUGGUCAUCAGGUGCCAGGAGGUGAAAAGUGAUGGUUGGCGUCUCCUGAAAGACAGAAGCUUCAUGUCCAAAGAGGUGGAAGGGCGUGUCCGUGAGCUGGAGGAGCUGGAGCAUCAUGUGGAGGAGACCUGGAAGGAGACCCGUCAGCUGUAUGAGGAGAUGCUGGAGGUGGAGCUUUUGCAGAAGGAGUUGCAGCAAGCUGAGCGUUGGCUCAGUUCCUACGAGGAGAUGCUGACGGAUCACCACUACGGGGAUUCACUGUCAGAUGUUGUGGAUCUCCUGAAGAGGCAGGAGGACAUGGAGGCCAUGAUCCAGGCCCAGAGUGAGCGCUUUGACGCCCUCAACAAGAAGACCACCCAGAGAGAGAGGAGGCUCGCUCUCCAAGGAAAGCAGGAGAAGGAGCCCCUCGAGAAAAGACCACCUACCAGAGUUUCAUCCCUCCGUAAGGCAUCAGAUCUUAAAAGUCCAUACAGCGACCCAAAGACCCGUGAAGAACGCUGGACCAGACACCUCCCAGAACGCUCCAGCAGCAGGAGAUCUCACACGGAGAUGGAGGAGGACUACUGCAGUUAUGUUGGAUCGCCAGGAAGAAGCAGAGCAGCAAACACGGCUGCCAAAACCUCCACCGUGUCACCUCCUGGACCGCUUGGCUCCAGCUCCCCUAAAGUCAAACCUCCUUUGCCUCCAAAGCCCACCUUGUCUCCUCCUCCAAACCAGCAGGUGGAGCCCCAUCCACCAAUCACAGACCAACACCUGGACCACACGCAAGCAACCAGCGUCCAACUUCCUGACCUGCUGGGUUCUGCCGCCAAGGUAGAUCCUGCAUCACGUAACCUUCCAUCAGCAGGGGCGGAGCUUCCUCAGUCAGAUGACGACCAAGAAGAAGAAAAAGAAGAAGAUCUAGAAGAAGAAAGGGAGUCCACGACUAAGGCAACACGCACACUGGAAGGAACGCUGGAGAUCAAGCUGAAGCGGGGAGGAAGCAAGGGUCAGGACCACUGGGAGGAGAUCUUUGCUGUCGUGGAGGGAAACACGCUGUGCUUGUUCAAGGAUGAAGCGGCAGCCGCUCAGGGAACCUCUAGGUGGCCUCCUGUUAGCUUGUUGGGGGCUGUGUGCAGGGAGGACCCUCACGUGAGGAUCAAGGAGAACACCUUCAAAGUCAUACUGGAUGAUGGCGCUCAGUAUUUGUUUGCGGCGUCCACACGUGAUCUUCAGCAGCUUUGGUUGAAGGUACUGCAGGGUCUCGCUGGUCCCGGCGGCGCUGACUCGGAUGAUUCGGGGCGUGCUGAACACGAGAUACAAUCAUCCACGGAGAGGCAGCCCCCACCCAAACCCCCCCACACGUUCUACAGCGAGCAUCGCUAUCCAGAGGGUGGGGAGGCCCUCAGUAAAGACACAACUCUCCGGCGCCGCGACCCGCCUCCUUCAGAGCCCCCUUCCCGUGACACCCACAACCCCCCCGCACCGCUACUGGUCCCGGACGACAAUGUGAGCAAAACCAGGAUGAGAGUCUUCCGCAAGUUCUUUGCCAAGAAGUAAACACAACAAGAAACAACAUGGCUGCCUUCAUGUUGGCACUCUGCUGGCAGCUUAGGAUAUCCCAGUCAAGCUGUCAAUCAUCUCACACACGCCAAUCAAACAAGUUAGCCAUCUCAUUAAAUUCACCGUUAAAGCUAAUCAGCUAAUCAGCAAUAACGUGAUUACAUCAUUGUCAUGACGUCAUGUCUCUGUCAGCCUUUGGAGACGUGAACAGCCAAAUGGCCUUCCAAUGAUAGGAGAUGAUUAUCGUUGUCAUUCACUUUUUCACCACAAGAUGUCACCAUUAGGCCGCUGCAGGACUAA